AUGCCAGCCGGGGGCGAUGGGGUGCGGGGUGCAGGGAAUGCAGCUUUCCUGGACCUGAGUGUCUGGAGGCUCUCGCAGGACGGCCUGGCGACCGCCACGCAGCCCCCGGACAGGCCCCCUCCUGCGUCUCUGCUCUGCGUGUCCUCAGUCACGGCCCCGGGCAGCUCACGUGCAGGCAGGAACGCACAGGUGUCGAAGCGAAACCUGCUCCCACCUGAGCUGGGGCAGGAGGCCACGGCUCCACGCCUGGGGCCCCGUGGACCCCACGAAGGAGGCCACACGCAGAGGGCACGGCUGGCCUUCAGCGCCGUCCCCCGAGGGGCCGGCUUUGCCGAGUCAGACCCAGAGGCCGGCCUCCGUGGUGGACCCGGGAUCCGGCAGACGCGCUCGCUCGGGGCCGCCGGCGGGACUCGGAGGAGGCGUCCUGGCUCCCUGGAUGUGGUGUCCAGUGCCUCGAGCACAAAGACCAGCCUGCCCGGGGCCUUCCUGGAGCAUCUCGGCCCCCUGAAGGGGUGCUGGCCCCCUAAAGCCACACGGAGGCCUCCAAGGGUGGUGAGGACAAGGGGUGACCGCCAGCCGAGCCCCUGUGUCCAGGCAGCCUCGAAGCUGGAACAGAACCGUAUAAUGAAGCUGACAUCACCCGAGCUUCCCGGCUCCUCCCUGGGAAGGAAACUCAUGAACCCCAAACAAGAUGUGGGGCCGUCAGCCUUCCCCGCACAACGUGAGCUGCCCCGGGGUCCCCAGGACGGGGACGGGGUGGCCCGGGGAGGCUGGGGACGGGCGGGUGUCUGGGGAGAGUGUGAGGAGCCGACGUCACCUCUGCCCUACAAAGUGGCCGACACCUCCCCACCGGCCACCCUCAGCCCGGACUCGGGAGGGGCCACGUCCCCGCCUUCGGGGGGCAGGAGGGGGUGGCCUCAGCAGGUCCACACGCGCGCCCCGCGGGCCUCUGAGCACCUCCCGCUCGUUUCCUCUCUGACGUGUGGGCCUCUGGACCACCUGCAGUUUCCAGCGACCAUUCCCAGCUCUGAACUCACUGGGCCCCGCUGUGAAAACGUCAUCACUCUCCAACGGCGGCCAGGCCUCGGGAGAGGAGAUGGAGGCGAGGUCCCGGGCAGCAAGUCCCGCCGUGAGGUGGUCGAGCCGGGCCCGCUGUGCGACGUGGUCCCAGCUCACAGGCGCUCAGGCGCUGGAAGGCCCCUGCUCCAGGGAACACACCCGGCGCUCUCUCCACCUGGCCAGCAGCUCAGCACUGGCCCCCGGGCACGAGGUUUCCAUGGGGCCGGAGGAGCUGCAGCAGGAUCGGGCCAGGUGCCCCCCAGGAAGCUGACCCUGAGCUGCCUCCUCGGGGAGGCUGCCGCCAGCGGCAGGUGGCAUCCGGGCAGCCGGGUGGAGGAGGAGGCCACGCGUCAGGAGGCGUCGCGUGAAGGACGGAGGGUCAGAAGGGUCGCCGGCAGGGAAUUUCCUGCUGACAAUGAAGAAGGAACCAGCUGGACGGAGCCAGGGAGCGGCUGCCACCAGGUCUGGGAGGAAUACGUCUGUGAUCCAACAAGGAAGGACGUCGGGAUUUCACUGGGGAAAAGAGAGGACGAGGCGGCUGGGGCUGACCUGGGGUUGGGGUCCGCGGGCAGGGCUGUGAGUGUGCGCCGUGCCGGCAGGGCGCAGCGCCCCCAGAGGGACCCGGACGUGUCGGGGGAGCGGGGACGGCCCGGGACUCUGACCUCAGUGCCCGGUCCGAGCAGGCUCUCUGGGGCCCCCCCGGUCACCCUGCUCCACGGUUGGGUCCCUGCGAUGUGCCCUCUGUCUGGGGGCAGGCCGGGGGCGGGGGCGGAAAGGACGGGUCUCCGUCUGCUGGUCCCCGCGGACAUCGGGGACCCCGUGCCUCAGGUCUCCCUGCCGUGGAUGGCCCGGGAGGUCGGGAGGCACGGGGCAGGCCUGGGCCUCCGGGUGAGGCCCCCUCACAGCCCCCUGGCUGACCGGCCCCCAUGGGUCAGUGUGCGGCCUGGGGGGGCCCCAGCUGCAGUUCUAGAAGCUCCCAGUCCCCCGGGCCCUCGAUUCCCACGCAGCCCCGGUCAGGCGUCUCCAUCAGCUCCCAGCCCGGGAAUCAGACACCGGGCGCGCGGCCCCAGAGCCACGGCCCCAGCGCGGGGAGAGCUGGCCAACAGUGCCCCCCGGUGGCCGCCGUCGCCUCUGCCGCCACAAGCCGCCUUCCCGGCGCCGCCUCAGGGUGGACGCCACGGGGACCCCUCUGUCCCCGUCAGGCCUGCGUGCAGCAGAGGCUGGCUGCCCAGCCCAGCGCCUGUGGGUCCCGUCAUCAGUCCCUCGGGCCCGACCGCGGCGGCUCCGGGGCUGCCUCUCUCUGUCUCAGCCAGUCGGGGAGGCCCUGCUGUCCCAGGGGUGUCCCCGAAGGGCGUCUCGCCUGGCCUGAUGGAUGGCUUCAGGGAAGGCUUCCUGGAGGAGGCGGCUCCCGGCUGA